CAGAGAUCUUGGUGACCAAGACGCAGCCUUCCAAGUCCUGCUCAGUGCCCAUCUGCGGUCUAGAAUCAUCCCCUUAGGCUGAGGGCCCCAGCACCAGGACACCUGGACUUAAGGUUUGUGAAGGGCGCCCUCCGCUGGAGGAGGAUAGCAUUGGGUCCAGGCAUGACUACACUGUCUUUUUUUUUUUUUUAACAUCUUUAUUGUAGUAUAAUUGCUUUACAAUGGUGUGUUAGUUUCUGCUUUAUAACAAAGUGAAUCAGUUAUACAUAUACCUAUGUUCCCAUAUCUCUUCCCGCUUGCAUCUCCCUCCCUCCCACCCUCCCUAUCCCACCCCUCUAGGUGGUCACAAAGCACGGAGCUGAUAUCCCCGUGCGAUGCACUAGCUAUCUAUUUUAUGUUUGGUAGUGUAUAUAUGUCCAUGCCACUCUCUCACUUUGUCACAGCUUACCCUUCCCCCUCCCCGUAUCCUCAAGCACAGCAAAGGAAACCAUAAACAAGACCAAAAGACAACCCUCAGAAUUGGAGAAAAUAUUUGCAAAUGAAGCAACUGACAAAGGAUUAAUCUCCAAAAUUUACAAGCAGCUCAUGCAGCUCAAUAACAAAAACAACAAACAACCCAAUCCAAAAAUGGGCAGAAGACCUAAAUAGACAUUUCUCCAAAGAAGAUAUACAGACUGCCAACAGACACAUGAAAGAAUGCUCAACAUCAUUAAUCAUUAGAGAAAUGCAAAUCAAAACUACAAUGAGAUAUCAUCUCACACCAGUCAGAAUGGCCAUCAUCAAAAAAUCUAGAAACAAUAAAUGCUGAAGAGGGUGUGGAGAAAAGGGAACCCUCUUGCACUGUUGGUGGGGAUGUAAAUUGAUACAGCCACUAUGGAGAACAGUAUGGAGGUUCCUUAAAAAACUACAGAUAGAACUACCAUACGACCUAGCAAUCCCACUACUGGGCAUAUACCCUGAGAAAACCAUAAUUCAAAAAGAGUCAUGUACCAAAAUGUUCAUUGCAGCACUAUUUACAAUAACCAGGACAUGGAAGCAACCUAAGUGUCCAUCAACAGAUGAAUGGAUAAAGAAGAUGUGGCACAUAUAUGCAAUGGAAUAUUACUCAGCCAUAAAAAGAAACGAAAUUGAGUUAUUUGUAGUGAGGUGGAUGGACCCAGAGUGUGUCAUACAGAGUGAAGUAAGUCAGAAAGAGAAAAACAAAUACCGUAUGCUAACACAUAUAAACGGAAUCUAAGGGGGAAAAAAAAGGUCAUGAAGAACCUAAGGGUAAGACGGGAAUAAAGACACAGACCUGCUAGAGACUACACUGUCUUUACCAGGCUCUGCCCGGAGCUAUCCUGGAGAGAUCAAAGGGCUUCCCAAAGACUUUGGUGAUACCCACCCUGGAGAGUGAAUCCUUCAAAUUGCAGGUACCAAAGAUGGACACUUGGCCAGGAAACAUUGCUGUAUCUCAGACAUGAUAUGGGCCUGCUGAAGGACAAUGGUCCACAUUUCUGUUCUCAUAGCCCGCCAGUGAUCUUCCUUCUAUGCAGGUCCAAGGGGCCCGGGAUGGAGCCCAUGGCAUGAGAAGGGAGAUCAGUGAAGCACUUCUGUUCAUUUUCAGUGGCGUGAGGUGGGGAUGACAGUCUCUAGCUCAUGGAGUUGUUGGGAGACGUAAAUGAGAGAACACAUGUACAGUGCCUCAUGUGGCACAGAUGCUCUGCACGUAUUGACCAAUUCUGCCCCUACCCCACAGACAGCCACAUACCUGCUCAUCUUGGAGUAAGGUUGAGAAUACUCGUACAUAUCUGUGAUAUGGAGUGAUAGAGAUAAAUACUAGUUGCAUUCGUGUUACAAAGGGUGGACUGAUGGAUUUUGCUCAGGAAGAGGACAAGUCUGGGAGCAUAGCUAGUACCUGGCAUUUUGCGAGUACUCGCUAUGCGCUAGAGGCACUGCUCUUCAUACACCAUCUCAUUUCAUCCUCAGAGUAACCCAGUGGGGUUGGUGCUUAUAGCAGACAGGCUCUGGGGAACCCCCUUGAGCCCUGACUCCCGAUAUCCACAUCCUUGUAUAAUCCGUCACCCUCCUUGAGUGUGGGCAGGACCUGCUCCUGACCAAUAGAAUAUGGUAACAGAUGUAUGUGAUUCCAUGUAUGUGAUCGUGUUAUUCAAGACCGUAAUGCCCCUCGUCUCCUACGGCCACUCCACUCCCACGAUAGAAGGAAAAACACCAGGGGAGGAGGUGGAAUUGCUGUGAAAAGAGGCUCUGCCUCUACAGAAGCUGCACAGUGAGUUCCUCAGAGGCAGGCAUCCUGUGUGCCACUUACAUCAGCCUGCCCAGAGGAACAGCGUCAUCUCAUUGCUCAUUCUCAGAUGAAUAAGAAUCCCACUUGCGGUUUUCAACAAGAAAAUGACCAUAUUCACGUUGCAUUCAUCAGAAGCCCAGGGUGCUUACCACACGGGCCUGCCUCUUGUGUCUGUGGCCUCCUGGCAAAGCAGAGCUAAUAAGAUGACCAGGCCAAGCGGGUGCUCCGGACCCCAUGGUCAAGGAUAGGGUGUGCAAGAUGGCCACACACCCUCCCUCCUGUGGCCUGGUUUCCCUCACACUUUCUACGAUCCCGAUUGCAGAUGCCCCUGGGGCACUGGCUCAUUUUCUGUGGAGAGGGAGCCUGAUUUGCCCAGGAGGUUCCUUGGCCAGCUCUCUCCAGGGGCAAGAAUCCACUGAGCUCACUACCCCAAGGGUUCGCGAUUGGGGUCCUGCUGAAGGAAUGGCCACGGGAAGAUGCCCUGGAGGAAGGUCAGGGCAGUCCCUGCCAGCUCAGAAUCUGGAGCUCGGAGGUUUGCAUAAGGACUGGCAAGAGCAGAGGAUGCCAGCGAUAGGCUGCGGAGGCAUCAGCGGAAGCAGGGGAGCGUUGAUCUUAAGGAACCAAACUGCCCCUGCGCAGAGGCCUGGGGUGGCUCUGUACCUGGGGAGCUUCUUAUCCGCCGGGCCCUGAGGCUCCUGACUGCGGUCCGCACACCUCCAGGCAGGUGGGCCCAGGUCCUCCGACUUCUGCUCUGCGGCCCCGCCCCUGCCUGCCCCCAGAGGCAGAGGGCUCCUCCCCGCUCUGGCUCUGCCCCUUAUUCAACCCCCUCGCACCCUCACACCUGGGCUCGCUGGUCCCUGCUGCCCCUGACAAGGCUCACGGGCCCCGCCCCCAGGAUCCCCGGCCCCACCCCACUCGGGAGCCAGUCCAGUUAAGGAGGCUGAACACCUGGGAGGUUCCAUGUGUGCCUCGAGGCCUGCGCUGGGCACAGCCUUGCAAUGGAAGCAGAAGCUUCUCCGCCCCUUGGGUCGCCCCCAUGCUGCCUGUGGUUCCGGAGGCCAGGCAUCUACGAGGAUGAGAAUGGAAGGACCUGGGUGACUGUGGCCUUGCGGAUCAGUCCCUCCCACAGAGCUUGGGGCAGGGGCUCCCCUGGCAGCACGCAUGAAAUCAGUGUCACAGUCCACAUGUGGCAGAUGCCAGUGCACCCCCAGACGCCCAGGUCCCCCAGCCAUCUGCUCGUGUUCGGGCUGCCCCCCAAGUGGGAGCUCUACCCCGGGCGAAGGUACCAAGCAACGGAUUUGAGACUCUGGGAAAUAGUGGACCAUGGCCAGGCAAGUGCAUGGUGGCCCAGGUGAGGGGGAUGGGCAUUAAGUAGUGACCGUAGGUGUGCAAAGUGGGGCAAAGGAUGGGAGGGAUCCCUUCCCCGGGCCCCUAAAUCCACAAACCCGGGUUCCCAUCUGCUUCAUUUGGAUAGAAGAGCGUCUCCCAGGGGCUCUGAUCACUGCUCCCCCGUUCUGCAGAUCAACUCCAUGGAGCAGCUGAUCCUAAAACGUCUGCCAAGUGGGAGCCGCUGACGGGGCUGCUGUGUCAGGCCUGGAGCCUCGCAAUGCGGACAGCGGACACUAGCAAGGAGGACGCCCCUCUUUACAGGAAGGCAAUGCUGGUCACCUUGCCCUCAGGCUGCUCCCUGAGUUAUUCUUACGUAGCCACCCGUUUACACCCCCUCCCAACCCCGGUGGAUGUGAUUUCCACCGUGGACAGGCCCCUAGUAUGUUCACAAAACACUGAAUAAUGGUCAUCAUUUAACUCUCAAAAGAAUUCUCUGAGGUGUACAUAUUAACAUCCCGUGUUACAGAUGAGCAAACAGGCUCUGAGGGCUGGAAUGAUUUCCCUGAAACCACAGAGCCUGGAAAUAGCCGUGAUCAAGCUUGGAUCCAAUGAACGUGGAUCUCUAGGUCCGGCCGUGGCACUGGGGCGCCACAAGUCCAGUCGAUGGCAGUGGCCUUCAGGGACCCUGCGUCGACCCACAGAGCCUUCUUCCUGAGACUGGCAGCAGCUCGAACUGCACUGAGGGCCCGGAGUGGGGCUUUUGCCCUCCUACCCCUGGUCCUGCUCUGACGGGCCACCGCCCGGCUCUUCUGAGGUUCCCUGACUGUCACCUUUUGUCUCCUCCCAAGCCCUGCUGGCCCUGUGAUAUUUAUGCACUUGCUCUUUGGUUUGCACACCUACCAGGGCCUCCUUGGGGGGGCGGAGGCAGCGGGCCCCCUGUCCACUCUGCAUUUCCCGUUUCCCUCCAUCUGCGCUCAGGGUGACCUGCCAUGGCUUCUCUUCCCCCUUUGUGUCCCUCACGCCGAUCUUCCAGGUGCCACUCCCCCAAACACCUCCCCUCCAUGCCCACCAGACCCAGUGCCCAGCCAGAGCCCCGAGCCUCCAGUGCAGCCUAAAAUUGGAAACUUGCCCUCGGCCCUGCUUGGCCUCAGGCAGGGAGUGGCUUGAAGAGCGCCAGGUCUGGACUUGACACUCAGAUGCGCCCUGAAUGUCACUUUUGCUGACACUUUGGCCGGGAGUAGAUCAAGUGCUGGGCAGGCUGUUAGCUCCUGAGCCUCAGUUAGCCCAUCUGCGCAAGGGGCAUGUGGAGCGACGGAUUUGGCCUGUGGUUCUCCCGCCCCAUCAGUACCAGGAAGUGAUGCUGGUCCCUGAAGGUCGCCUCCCAGUGCUGGGUAAUUAAACGUCAUUGCUCGUUCUUCAGCCUUUGUGCGGAAUCGGAGCUUAGCUUAAACUCGUUCCUAGUGUAGAAACGCGGCAGCUGACACUGAAGGUAGAACUGUAGUUAUCCCUUUAGUUUUUUUCCAAGCAGGGAAGGAAGUUGGGAUUGGCCCAUUUCAGCAGCAGGACGUCGGCAGAGGGUAAGGGAGUGGAAGGUGGACUCUUCGUGAGGCUGGGCUAUGAAAAGGCAAAGACUGUGGCAGCUGCAGCAGGAGAUCCAGUAGCAGGCGUGAGCUUUCACAAGGGGUGAUGUUCCCGCAUGUCCUGGGUGAAGAGGGAAGAGCCCUUGAGCGUGGAGGGGUGAGGCAGAGUCCGGGGCCCUGACGGGUCUUGCCCUUGGAAGCAGAGGGAGGAAGAGGACGGCGUGGAUGCAGGACAGGGCAGUAAUUUGGUGACGGCAAGAUGAGGGAAUUCGCUCCCUCACACCCGUCAUGAGAAGAGAUCACCAACAGAUUAAAGUCCUAACCUUAAAAAUGAAUCCGUAAAAUUACUGAAGAAAGCACAGGGGAAUAUGUUCACGAUCUUGGGAUAGAAAACACCUUAAACAAGACAGAGAAAGCAAAAGACAGUGUGAGACAAUUAACUUUCUCAAAUUCAGCAUUUUCUGUGUGACAAGAUGCUAAAAAAGCAAGGGUGGAAAUAUCAGGACUAGAUACAAAGCACUAGAGUGCAGAAUACAUAGAGAACUCCUAGAACUCCCUAAGAAAAGAAAAAUGGGCGAAUGCCAGGAAUGAGCAAUUUACAGAAGAGGAGACGCCCAACGUUGGGAAGUGCAGAUUUCAGAACUCAGAAAUGCGUAUCCUCGAUUUUGGCAGAAGUUAAGCCUUACAUGUUGUGGGAGUGGAUCGUUAUAGACACCCUGGAGGUUUGGUGGACAAUUCAGAAGCAUUUAUCAAGUUUUAAAAUGGCACACAGAGCCAUACCUAGAGUAUUUACCAAGAGCAGGGUUUCUAAGCUCAGCGCUGUGGACAUUUGGACCAGAUAAUUCUUCGUCAUGAAAGGCUGUCCUGUGCACUGCAGGAUAUUUGGCACUAUCCCUGGUCCCUGCCCAUAAAGUGCUGGUAGUAGCCCUUUGCCCAACCCACCCACCAAGUUGUGAUUGCCAAAUGUCCCCCACCCCCACCCCGGGAGGGGUGCAAAAGUUUCCCCAGUUGAGAAUCACUGCCCUAGAAAAACACUUGCGUGCAUGCAGAAGAGGGAAGGGGAGGGAGUGCUGUGGUCACAACUCAAGUCCGCAGUGGAGGAGUGGUUAAGGAAAGGGAGACCCGAGAGCAGGGGCUGGGCUGAGCCCCUUCCACUUAGAAGCUCCUGUGAUCUGACAAACUGGCUCUUUAGAAAACCCUCCUCCCCUCAGCUCGCCUUCCCCUCCCCUUGGCCUGAGAUGGGUGGGGGCAUGUCGGAUGCAGCCUGCAGCCCAGCCACACACAAGGAAGGAUUCCAGGAGACAUACUGGGCAAGACUUUCCUCCUCCCUCCCCUUCCUGCCCCGACUCUGGGGCAGGAAAGGCAGCAGGCUCUCCUCUGCUUCUCCUAGGUCAUGGAGCUCUGUUGCUAAUAUGCUCGAGGACAAGAAAAAUCUGGAAAUCCUUUCACAGGAUGGCAGCCUGGCUGGCAAGGGUGCUGUGCUGCUGCGGAAUCCAAUUGCAAAUGUCAGAAGCCUUUGAUCUCUCUCCGUGUCCUUGGAACAAAGUCUAAGUCUGCCCUUCCCUCCAGGAGGUAGCUGUCUCAGGCCAUCCAGGACAGAGGUUUGGCAUGUGAGAGAGCAAAGAGAGCAGAAGCACAUCGAAAGGUUUAAAAUCACUCCCGGGGCAUAUCCAGGAGUGCUUACACCCACGAGCUCGAAGUCCACAGUGCGGUCUCCUCCAUCCUCUGCGCGGUUCCUGAAUGCGUGUCUCCAUGCGUUCAUCAGUGGGGUGUGGGUCUGUGGUGUGGGCUCCUGGAGUCUGGGUCUAACACCUCUUGACAGUUUGCUUCGGUGCAGGUGAGAAAAUAGUUCUCAGUUCCAUCUGCCCAGAGCUGAAGACUAAAAGCAGCUACUAGGGAUUAUGUUAAUGACUUCGGGUGAUGGACAAAGGAGAGGUUGUCCCGCAGAACACAGGGAAAAAUAUCUUUUUGUAAAGGAUGAUGGGCAGCAACAGGUGGUUUAAUUAGUAUGUAUAGGAGCCUCGUAUGUCAGCAUCACUCACCAUGAAGGAUGCUCUCUGCAGGAGUGUUCUCCCUCCACUCGGCCAAAACCAGGGGUCAUGUUUGAAAGCCCGCACUACCCUUGUUGCCUACGCACUGACCAAUGGGAACAGACGCUGGGCACACAUCCUGGGAUGCCUGCAUCCUGGCUGAGCCCAGGCCUGGCCCUUCCCAGGCCCUUCCCACUGGACAUCUUCCUCCGUGGGAACGAUUAGAUGUUAUGUGCCAGAUCUCUCUGCCCCAGCCUUUUUUUUUUUUUUUUUUUUUUUGAGGUACGCGGGUCUUUCACUAUUGUGGCCUCUCCCGUUGCGGAGCACAGGCUCCGGACGCGCAGGCUUAGCGGCCAUGGCUCACGGGCCCAGCCGCUCCGUGGCAUGUGGGAUCUUCCCGGACCGGGGCACGAACCCGCGUCCCCUGCAUCGGCAGGCGGACUCUCAACCACUGUGCCACCAGGGAAGCCCCCCCGGCCAUAUUGCUCAUCUGUGUGUCUGUUUCUCUUCGUGUCUGGGAGCUCCUUGAGGGCAUUUGGCCAAGUUCCACAAACAUUUACAGAACCUCAACUCUGGGCCAGGCCUAUGCUGAGUUGAAGGAAAGAGAAAUGGGCAGGAAUUCAUCCCUGCCCUCAAGACUGAGCACAUACCCAGGGGACUGUGCAUCAGGGCUGAGUGCAAGGGAGGCCUAUCAAAGUGUGUCAAGAGAAGGAGGGGGCGGGUGUCAUGCAGCUGGGGGAUCCGGGGAGGCUGCCUGGAGGAAGAAGCAGCGUAGAAGAAUCCUCACCGUUACACCACGCCCUGCCAUCCUCACAGCACUUUAUGUUACAGAUUCAAGGUGAAACAAUGUGAUGUGAAAGCUUGAUCCUUAAAGCAAGCCCAGGAGGCAGGUCAGGCCCCGCCGUGUCUAUUGUUCUACGUGAGGAACUCGGGCCUCAGCAAUGCGCCCCGGUCCGUAGUCACCUGUGGCAAAGCCAGGGCUGGAGCUCAGGUCUCCCAGCUCCCCAUCCCGGCUUUUCUCCUCUGCCCCACCAGGCAGAGUCUGUGGGAAUGGAGAGGAACGGACAGAUGCAAGAGCAGCUGAGGAGAGAGAAUGGACAGAGUUUGGUGACCGAGCAGAUGUGCGAGGAUGGGAAAGCUAGAGACAGGUUGCCGCUCAGGGUCAGUGGUUUGGCCAGCGGGGUCCUGAGUUGGGAACAUGCAAGGAGGCGAGGCAGAGAUCCAGGGUCAAUCAAGCCAUGAGUUGGGUUUGGGAUACUGAGUUUCAGAUGCAUGUGAGGUAUCCAUGUUGAAAUGCCCUGGACACAUGUGUGGGUCUAGAGAAAGGUUUGGGCUGAAUUCAUAGGUUGGGAGGUCAUCAUCAGAGGUCAUUGCUGCCAGAGGAGAAGAGAGAACUAUCUGGAACAGAGGUCAGCAAACUCUCUAUACAGGGCCACGUAGUAAGUAUUUUUGGCUCUGCAGGCCACGUGGCCCUUGUAGCAACUCCUCAACUCUGCUAUUGUGGCAUGAAAGCAGACAUGCAAGACGCAUAACAAAUGGGCACGGCUGUGUCCCAAUAAAACCUUACUUACAAAAACGUUCAGCAGGCCAGAUUUGGCUCCCUGGCCAUAGUUUACUGGCCCCUGAUCUACAGAGCAGGUAUGACAAGCAAAUAGAAAAAUGCCAGAUUCUUAGCAUGACAGAGAAAGAAUCAGCAAAGAAAACUAAGUAGAAACAGUCCAAAAGGUCCAUGCUGGAAGGCAGCCAGCUGGAAGAGAGAGAAAAGUGUCUGAUGCAGAGAAUGAGAAAAGGAGUGUAAAAAGGAAAUACAAUCUUCCUCUUAAAGAUAGCAAAUGGCUGAGAAAACAAGGCACCAUCUUUGGCUGCCCAGGUGCGCAACCCCGGGGACACCACCCGUUCAUAGUGUGAGGGAACGGUGCCCCCCAGCGCUGUGCAUGAUGGUGGCCUGCUCCCCUCAAAUGAUUUAUAACCACACAGAACAUAACAAAUACGAGAUAAUGACCAAACACUAGAAAACACCACCACUGACAGUAAGUCCACAGGGACCUUGACCCUUGGCAUUUCACAGGGCACCGUGCUGGUCACUCUAUUGAAGACUUCGUGCUACUUGACCUCAUGAGCAGGAAGUGGUCGGCACCCCAGCUGCCCUCAUAAGAUACACGUGUAUCCAGAAAUAGGAGCUAACCCCCCGUGAAGGUUCAGUGAGGUUUUAGGGUCCUGUGGUUUGUGGCAGGACAGGACAUCUCCUCCAAGCUAGAACAUGGCCUGCUUGAAGCGGGGCCCAGAGCAAGGGAGGGCUCUGCCACGGAUCUGUCCUGCCAUCAGGACCAAGUGAUGCAGCAGCUCCGAAGGCAGUUUUCUGGUUCCCCGCUACGUGGAGCAGAGCGGCAUUCUCAAGUGCAGUUCACGCUGCCCUCAAAAGCCAAGGAAGCCCACCAGUGCCAGGUCUCUUUAACAGUGGGAGACGAGAGGCGAGGGGAGGGGAGAGGUGUGAAAACUCCUUUAGCAGGAUACCAUUCACAGAGCCCCUGCCCCGCCAAAAAAUCAUAAAAUGAUACCACACAGUUCAUUAGGUAUAUGUAAGUAUAAAUACAGAGAAAAAGGACGACGAUGAUACAUCCAGAAAUAAAAAUAGGAGUUAGGGGACCUCUCUGGUGGUGCAGUAGUUAGGACUCCAUGCUCCCAGUGCAGGGGGCCCAGGUUCGAUUCCUGGUCUGUGAACCAGAUCCCACAUGCAUGUCGCAACUAAGAGUCCGUAUGCCACAACUAAGGAGCCUGCGAGCCACAGCUAAGAAGGCUGCCUGCUGCAACGAAGACCCAAUGCAACCAAAUAAAUAAAUAAUUAUUUAAAAAAAAAUAGCAGCUAGUACACCUGGGUUUGGGGUGUGGUCAAAUUUGUAAUGUUUAAUUUUCUUAUAAGGAAGAUAUACUUAUGUCUCACUUGUGCAAUUAAAGUUGAUAUUAAAGAACUGAAAAACAACCUCCCACCAAAAAAUAAUUACAGGUGGUUCUCCACCUACUUAUCUUCACUGCCAGUACCUCUUCAUCUUCCUAUUUCCUACCUGGACUAGAGGGUGACAAACUGUAGCCUAUGGGCCACCAGGCCCCUGUUUUUAUAAAUAAAGUUUUAUUAGCACACAUCCACGCUCACCUUUAUGUAUUGCCAGUGGUUGCUUUCAACACGACAAUGGCAGUUGUGUAGCUGCAACAGAGACCUUUAUGGCCCACAAAGCCAAAAAUCUUUACUAUCUGACCCUUUACAGAAAAGGUUUGCCGGCCUCUGCCCUAGAUGCCUUCAUCGGUUUCUCCACAUCCAGGCCUGUGCCUCUACAG